AUGAUCCUCAUUAAGGGAGUGUUGCUGUUCAUCUUAGUUGCAAAAUCAUGUUCUUCUGAUGUCAGUGAAGUGGUAACAUGCUCCAACAUAGUACCAGUUAAUCAUCGUACCGACAAGAUUUGUAUAAUAGAUUUUGGUGGUGUUGGUGAUGGAAAAACCCUUAACACCAAUGCAUUCAAAGAAGCUAUUUACAAAAUUAGGCAAUUGUCAGAAAGGGAAGGAGGGGCCACGCUUUAUAUACCUCCAGGGGUGUACUUGACUGAGUCGUUUAAUCUUACUAGUCAUAUGACUCUUUAUCUUGCUGCUGGUGCUGUUAUCAAAGCCACACAGAAUUCUUACAACUGGCCUUUAAUUGCACCAUUGCCAUCUUAUGGAAGAGGAAGGGAGCGACCUGGAGGAAGGUACAUGAGCUUUAUCCAUGGAGAUGGACUUCAAGACGUCGUAAUCACAGGUGAGAAUGGAACGAUUGAUGGGCAAGGAGAUGAGUGGUGGAACAUGUGGAGGAAUAAAACUCUUCAAUUUACCAGACCAGGUCUUGUUGAAUUUGUGAAUUCGAAAGAUAUUAUUAUUACUAAUGUCACCUUCAAGGAUUCCCCAUUCUGGAACAUUCACCCUGUUUACUGCAGCAACAUUGUUGUUAGAUUCGUCACAAUUUUGGCUCCGCACGACUCUCCUAACACUGAUGGCGUUGAUCCAGAUUCAAGUUCGAAUGUUUGCAUAGAAGACUCGUACGUAUCCAGUGGAGACGAUAUUGUGGCAGUGAAGAGUGGAUGGGACGAAUAUGGAAUUUCUUACGGCCGUCCUAGCUCUAACAUUACCAUUCGACGUGUCAACGGAUCAUCUGCAUUUGCCGGGAUUGCUGUCGGCAGCGAAGCAUCAGGAGGAGUUGAGAAUGUACUCGCUGAACACAUCAACCUUUAUAACAUGGGAAUUGGUAUACACAUUAAGACAAAUAUCGGAAGGGGAGGGUAUAUCAGGAAUAUAACAUUGUCUAAUAUUUAUAUAGAGAAUGCAAGAACAGGUAUAAAGAUUUCAGGUAGUGUUGGUGACCAUCCUGAUGAUAAAUAUGACCAUAAUGCCCUCCCAAUUGUAAAGGGUAUUAGAAUUGAGAAUGUAUGGGGUGUGAAGGUUUUGCAAGCUGGUCUUAUACAAGGAAUCAGAAAUUCUCCUUUUACUGAUAUUUGUUUAUCGGAUAUCAACCUUCGCGGAACAAAUGAAACUAAAAGUAGAACUCCGUCUUGGAAGUGUUCGGACGUGUCUGGAGUUGCUCGUCAGGUUAGUCCAUGGCCUUGUUCCGAGCUAAUCAGCAACCACUCAGGUUCAUGUGCUGAUUACACUAAUGCUUUUCGUUAA